GUUUACCUUUGUCUUUAAAGGUAAAUGCGAGGUUGGAUCAACUGGAGGGACAAACUCUCGUCUACUCCCUCCUAUCACAGUAGCGCGCGCGCAGUCUUAGGACACACAUGGCUCGUGUUGUUGUUUCUCCAGCGAUCCACGUGAGCACCGAGCAGCGCUUCUUACUGGCUCGCGCGGGACAAGAGAAAGAGACUGCAGACCUGAAACACAAUUACAAAACCGAUAGGGGAGGAAGAGAAGCUGCUCAACAGAGGUUGUGAAAUACCUUUCACGUUACAGCGUUUUCCUGAAGACAGGACGGGAGGAAUCCUUGUAACCCCCGAAUGCCCGAGAGUCGCGUGUUUCCCGUGUGGCGGGGGAUUGGGGCCAGUGGUGGCGUCGGAGGUGGGUGGAGCGAGGGCUGGGGACGGUGCUUACGAUGGGAGUCAGCCGGCCCAGGAGAAGGGGCCCGGAUCCCUGUAUUUGACUACCCUGUCUGGUUAGUCCUCUGUCGUGGGGGACGUGCCAGACUCAGGGAGGUUUGCCAGAGAGGGAGAGGUGCCAUCAGACUGCCCACAGACAUGCUCAGCAUCAAGCUUCCUCAGCUUUUUGACAUCCACCAGGUCCCCAAGGUGUUCAGGGAGGAUAGUAUCAUCUCCGGAUAUCGUCACCCGCGGAGCUCCGCGCUAGACUGCGUCCUCAGCAGCUUCCAGAUGAACAACGAGACCAUCAACAUCUGGACACACUUCCUGCCAACAUGGUACUUCCUGUGGCAUUUAGGCGUUCUCUGCUCCAAUAUGAACUUCCUGACCGACAGCUACACCUGGCCCCUGCUGGUGUACAUGCUGCUCAUCUGUAUUUACCCCUUCACCUCCAGCUGUGCACAUACCUUCAGCACCAUGUCCCCAGAGUCCCGCCACAUCUGCUACUUCUUUGACUACGGAGCGCUUAGCCUCUACAGCCUGGGAUGUGCUAUAAGCUAUGGAUACUACGUCAUGCCCGACUGCUGGGUGAACACUUGGCUCCAUCGUCAUUUUGUUCCCAUUGCCAUCGGAAACACAUUGUUCUGUACCAGCCUGUCCUGCUAUUCCAGGUUUCUGGAGGUACAGUUCCCACAGCGAAGUAAAGCUCUACGGACAGGAGCGUUUGUCCUCCCGUUUAUAUUUGACACUGUCCCUCUGUUUUACAGGAUCCUUCUGUGCUGUGGGGGAAACUGCAGCCCAAGUGAGGCAUUGUCUAGUCACUGUUACCACCUCCUCUUCGCCUUCCUCACCUGUUUCCUGUUUACCGCCCACCUCCCGGAGAGGUUGGCCCCAGGGCGCUUCGACUACUUCGGCCACAGCCACCAGCUCUUCCACGUCAGCGCUGUGGUGGGGACCCACUUCCAGAUGGAGGGGGUGUUAGCAGACAUGGUAUCACGGAGGGCAUGGCUUGUGGACCACGGAGCAAUGCCAUCCCUCCUAGGGACCAUCGGGGCGCUGGUCGUCAGCCUCGUCCUCAACCUGGGCAUCAUUGGCAUUUUCAGCGCUCCGCUGUUGUGGAAAUCCUGUCACAGCUCCAACCAGCCACACACAUUGCCAUGCGAGCGAAAGGAGCAGUGAGGCAGCGUUUUCCACCAACAGCCACAAAACGGCUGAUUCACUUUCCAAAGGAAAGGUUUGGGCUGUGUGUCUGUCUCAGCAGUGUCUGUUUGAGCUGACUAUUAACAGUUCAUGGUAGUUCUUGUUUAACACCAACAGUUUUAUCAUUCAGAGAUAAACAUUCUGUUUAGUGCUAAAGCAUUUUUCUAACAGCGUUACACACCUGAAGUAUUUGCUCAUGUGUUUACUCAGAAGCUGAGGACCCAGUUGCAUUUAUUGAAGCCUUUUUCUGAUGUUACAUUAAGCAGGAGUAUCGGAGAAGCUGAAAACAUGUCUACCAUGUACAAAUGUCUGUUUAAUUUAUUUUUAAUGUUCCUCAGUGAGCAUUUUAAAAAGGCUCUGGGUUGAAGGAAGCAUGCUGUUGUAACACGACACGAGUGCCUUAUUGUAGACCUACACUUCAUUAACAGUGUUUACAGUAGAUCACUACGAGUGCAAAUCUCCAACUGGAAACAUUUAAUGUCGCUGUUUGCAGGCAUUUUUUUUAUGGUUAAUGCUUUUUGCAUAUACAAGGCCAGAAUCUCCUUUACGUAAGGAUUUAUUGAAAAUAUUCUUUCAAACUGGACUACUUGGUUAGUGUGGUUGUUCUAUGAAGCAGUCCUCCGCGUAGACAACCCUCAUUCAACUCUACAUAAUAUAAUGCAGAUUGGAUUGCCAGCUCUUAUAUAUCCACCUAUUGAUUCCACUCUGCACUGACUGGAAUUGAUUUGCAGGCCAGUGUGGUUCUUUUCUGAUUGCCUGCCUUAUUAUGAACCCCACAAUUUGCCCUCAACAGAAAAAAAAAAAAGUUACAGCGCACCAGUGAUUAAAAGAAAGGUACCAUUUUUAUAACUAUGUUUCCACGGCAACGCUAUAGUGGUCUCAUGCCCCCUGAAGGUCUUCAGCAAUUUUUAUGUUCCGAGCAAAUUGCACCAUUUUCUCUUAUUCUGUCAUGCAUCAUAAGAUCUAUUUUGAACAUCAAUCAUGUACGGCAGCACCUAUAAUCACAGCCAGUUUUGGGCCCCAGGGCCUCUUCCCAACCCAAAAAAAAAGAAAAUCAAUGGUUGUAAUUUGACUUUAUAAGCGUUUUGAAUAUUCCAGUACAGUAAAAUUUCCAACACUUGUGGUUUAUAAGAACUAUCAGUGGAAUUAAGAGAAGUGGAGAGAGAAAAAGUGCAUUUAGUCAUAGUCUGGGGUCAUAAUAAUGUGGGAGUCUCGGCUUUGUGGUGUUUCAUUAUUUUGGUGCAGUUGAUAUAACAAAGCAGUACACUCCUUAUAUAUACUGUGGUUACUUUGUCCCAUGAGACUGUUGUUUACAUUUACCACUGAAAUAAUACUGUAUUUAUAGAAUGUCAUGGUAUUUAUUGCUAGUUUUGGUGCAUAAAAAGGAAUGAAGAGGAUGUUUUUCUUUUACUACUACAGAGAGGUAACUAGAAUUCUUGACAAAUUAAAAAAUUACCCUCUUUUCUGGUCAUUUUUAACCAUUUCUAAGCCUUUUGUUAAAACAAGUGAUGAAUGUGCAAAGAGCUAAUUGUAAUUGGUUUCAAACACUUCAAACAAUUUAUUGCAACUAUUUUGAUAUUUGAUUGAUAGAGUCACCUUUCAGGCAAAAAUGUCAAACAUGCCUCUUCAAAGUGCAGAUUUUUAUAUAACUGCAAAUGGAUUAUCUUUUGGUUUUGGCAUGUUGGUUGGACAAAUUUAGCAAUUUGAAAAAGUCAUCUUGGACUCUUAGAAAUUUUUGAGAUUUUAUAGACUAAAUGAUAAAUCGAUUGACAAAUUAAUUGAUAAUGAAAAUAUUAGUUAGCUGCAGCUACAGUUUGUAAUCUGAAUGAAGACAGAUUGCUGCACUAGAAUAAAAAAAUAUGACACUUUAUUCCAGAAAAUUCUGUCAGUGCCAAAUUUGACACUUGUUUUAAGAAAAUAACUCUCUAAGUGCUUUAAUAAUGGACAAAAAUGACUGAAUAAGAUGGAGAUUUUUGCAGUGUUUAAAUGAGAUAAUUCAUUAACAUUGUCAUAUCAGCCAUAGCAAUUCUGUAUAUACAACCUAUGGUUGAGAGACUGACAGAGAAGUAUUGUUUGAUGGGGAACUGGGUCACACAUUACUAAACAUCUCUGUUGUAGUGCUAACGUGCACUACUGUAGAUACAGAUUUCAACAAUGCUCAUUUUACUUGACAAACAGCUUGGAAGGCUCGUCUGUAUAAAACAAUGUUUUAAAGCAUUUAAGGCACAAAUUCACACUUAACUACACCAGUAACACAAGUAGCUUGUACACACAACCCACAGAAAACAUGUGGAUGUGGAACACUUACACUCACACAAACAAAUGUCUUUUAACUCAGAAUUUGGAGGGUUUUAAUAAGAGGGGAAAUGUAUGUGAUAUUAUGGCCAUGAGGUGUGUUACAGAUCAUGUUGGAUGCUGAGGUGGAAAUGUCAGUGUAGAAUCACAAAGAGCACACACACACACACACACACACACACAGGCGCACACACUUUUGUAUUAGAACAAUGUAAUUGUUUAAGAUGUUUUCAAGGCUAGUGUGCAGAGUAUAAAAGUCACGUCGCCUUUUAUGCCACAGACAAAACGGAGCAGUAUUUGCCCUCAGUGUGGAUUCUGUUUUAUCUCCACCCCUGCUGAGCGUUGAUCGAUUUUUAUUUUCUCUACAGUCAUCAUCUUACAGCAUUCCUCUGUUUGACCCUGUUGAUUCUUGGAAUUGCAUCAUUACUGGCUUCUGAUGUGGUUCUUUGCUAUCGACCCAAACUUGUUUGGAACUCAUUUAUUUCUAAGCUGCUGGUGUGUUUUGUUUUUUUUUUUUUGUCAUCUCACUCAUUCUCAGUCGUUUGGUGCCUACUGUUUUCUGCAAAGCCUCAGUUUGACAGUUAUAAAACUCACAGAUGCUUAGUGUCGAGGCUUUUCAACAUUAAAUAUAUUGAUGCUGAUAUUGCCUUUCUGAAUUGCAGUUUUGUAUUAUUUUGACCAAAUUAUCAAAACUGACUUCAUAAUUCCAAAUGGACUCAUUUUCCAGAGCAGAUCACUGUUACUUCAAAGGGUAUUUGUUGUAUAAACCUUGUUGGUUUACUCCUCAGUGGACAAGCUGAUGCAGGUUGUAAUUAUCAGGAUAACUGGGCACUCUCUUUGUGACGAAUUUUUAAAAAAAUACAGUAUAUUGAAGGAUGUUUGAUAACGUGAAACAGAGAGAAAAUGCGAGGGUAGGAUAAACCUUUGAUACAACCAGAAUUUUUCUGUCAAAAAAAAGAAAAAAAACUUGGUUUGAAAGAGUUAUUGGUGCCUUUUUAAAACGUUUUAUACAACUUUUCUUUUGAUAUAAUGCUCCGUUUGUUCCUUGUCCAUAAAAAAAGAAAUGACAACAAACUACUCUUUAAAUGUAUAAAUACUUAUUUGUUAUUUGCUGUGUAUACUUUGUAAUUUGAUACUUUGUUCCACUAGAUUUGUGUAAUAAAUUAAGCCUUUUAUAAAUGUAA